AUGAAGGAAUUUCUUGUAAAAGAUAUUUUUAAUAACAACCAGAUGAAUGGUGAGAAGAACAAAGGAGGACUACAUAACAUUUACAAUAUAUUAAAAAAUGAUGAGAAUAAAAAAAAUGAGAAAAAGAUAAAAGAAGUAUUUAAAUAUAUAGAUAAUAUUUUAAAACAAGAUUUUGAAAAGGAUGUUUUAAGUAUACCUAUAUCUUUAUUAAAAGAAAAUGACAAGAAAAUUAUUUUUAAUAACUUAAGAAGAUUAUUCAAAUGCUUCUCCUUAUUUAUCGGGCAGCAAAAAUAUAUGGAUUCCUUAGCAGAUUUUUUAUUUUAUUUAUAUAAAUAUAUGAGAAAAGCAGAUGUAAAGAGGACAUACAAAUUGUUAAGAAAAAGUUUACCUUUUGAGAGUGAUGCUGUUGAAGGUGAGCGAAGACGUCAGAAGGAAAAAAAAAAUGAAAAUGUGAAGGAUGUUGACAAUGAUAAGGGUGACAAUCAUAAAGGUGACGAUGAUGAUGAUGAUGACGAUGAUGAUGAUGAUGACGAUGAUGAUGACGAUGAUAAUGAUGAUGAUGAUGAUGACGAUGACGAUGACGAUGACGAUGACGAUGGUGAUAACCAAAUUACAAAAUCAAAUAAAGCUACUAAUACACCAAACAACUACACUGAUGUCCCACAAAACCAUUUUGCUAGAAACCAAUUUUUAUUUAAUUUUAUAUUUUAUAGUAAUAUCCUCAUUUAUUUAGAAAAGUUGAAAAAGGAAGAUAACAAAAACCUUACUUCAGAUGAACAUUACUUUUUUAUGAAUUUAAAAAAUAAUAUAUUAAAUAAAAAAUAUAUAUUAACAUUAAGUAAUUAUAUCCCAUAUUUUGUUUUAAGUUAUCCUUCUUUUCCCUUAUUUCUUGAGAACUUGUUUAAUAUAUUUUUUUUUGUUCGAAAUAAUUUAAUUACAUUUUUUAUAAAAAAUAUAUACAAAAAAGUAGGAGAGUUGGUAUAUUUGAGGAACACAGAUAUAAAUAAAAGGUUUACUUUAAAAAAAUAUUAUAAUCUUUUAAUAUAUGUAUAUUUAUUAUAUAAAAUGAAAAUUAUCAUAUCUAUAUAUAUAAAUCCAAAUCAAUAUAUUAUGUUGAAUGAUAUAUUAAAUGAUAACAUUAUUAUACAAUUAUAUUUAGAUAUAUUAAGAGAUUUUAAAAAUACUAUAUAUUUUAUAUUCAAUAUAAUUAAAGAUAAAAUUAAUAUAAAUAAUACAAAAGGAAAUCACUGUAUAGAAUUCUGUUUUAUUAUUUUAUAUUUAAUUAAUAUUGUAUAUUCUAAUCAUAAUGAUGUUUUAAAUAUAUUUUUAAAUAAUAGUAAAUUUAAUAAAAAUAUUUUAUUUAUGGAAAAGUAUAAACAUAUCUUUUCUAAGUAUAACAAAAUAUAUAAAAUCUUAUUUGAAGCUACAAAAUCCAAACCAUAUGAUGAUGUAAAAAUAUAUGAUCAGAUGAAAAAUAUAUUGUAUGGAAAAAAAAAAAACAACUUUGUAAAAAAGAGUAAUAAGCAUAAAAAAAAUAAUAGGAACAACACACCAAAUUUAGAAAAUAAUAAUAAUAAUAAUGUGAAUUCCUUUUUUGUUCCUCAUAAAGGCAAAAAUUAUAAUUAUUUAAAAUAUAUAAGAAAUGAAUUAUUGCAAAAACAAGUACAAGAAAUACAGGAGGGAGGAGAAUAUUCACAUGUAUAUGUUUUAUUAUUUUUUUAUCUUCUAACAACAAGAUGUAUAAAAAUAUAUGAAUACACUUCUGAUUUGCAAAACAUCAUUUUUUUUAAAAAAUUUUUUAUAUACAAAAUAUUAAAAGAAGAGAAACAUAGAAAUUAUCAACAUAGAAAUUAUCAACAUAUAGAUGAUCAACAUGUGAAUGAUCAACGUAUAGAUGAUCAACAUGUGAAUGACCAACAUAUAAAUGACCAACAUAUAAAUGACCAACAUAUAAAUGAUCAACAUAUAAAUAAUACGAAAAAUGUAACAGUGGCAAAAAAACAUGCAGAUAUAAAUACCUGUACAAAUAAUGUUAUAUCAGAAAAUUAUGCAAAAUAUUUUUAUAACACUUACUUUUUUAAUCUUGUCAAAAAUAAUUUCUUUUUAUACAUCAAUGUAGACAAGAAUAUUCUGAACGUCCUUUUUAAUAACGAACUACAAAUGUUUUUAAAUAAUAAAAAUUUGAACUAUAAAAAUUUAUAUCACAUGCUAGCAUAUAACUCAAAAAAUAGAUAUAAUCAACUUAAUAUACGACUUCUUUUUUAUAAAGUUAUUUUUAAGAAUAUUAUAAAAUAUAUCCUAUAUAUAAAAUAUGAUGAUCAUAAAUAUGAAAAAAAUCAAAAUAUUAAAAAUUUAAAGGAAACAAAAAUAAACAAUAUUUCGGAUAAUAUCCAUACGAGUUACCAUGUAGAAAAAGAUUCUCUCAAUAUACAUAAUAUGAUCUAUCUUUUUAAUAAAAAAAAUAGAAAUAAAUUUAAAUCGUUACAUAUUAACGAAUAUCAAAUUAAUAAAAAUCAAAUCAAUGAUAUCGUUAUGAAACAUGAUAAAAAUACAUUUAUCAUUCUUAAACAUUUAGAUUUUCUGGAUUUACAUAAAGACAAAUCAAAUUUUUUAUUUGACAGAAAUAUUAUUAAUUUAAUUAUGUACCAACUAACGAAUGAAACUAUUAAUAUAAUGAAACAUUUAUAUACAUGUAAUUCAAAAAAGAAAAAAAAUGAUAACAACAUGGAUAAUCUUAAUUCUUCUAUCUAUCUUACAAAAAAUAUAAACCUUUUAAUUAUUAUCUUAAAAAGUAUGCUUAAUUUAAUUAAUUCAUUUUUUCAAAUUAUUAAUAUGAACCAUGCAGGUAAAAAUAAAUCUAUGUUAAUAUAUAAUAAACAGAAAAAAGAAGCUAUUCUAUUUUCGGAAGAAUAUUAUAACGAAAUAAAAAAUGAUAAAAUAUCAACAAAACAAAUGUUGAAGGAAGAGAUCUAUUUAGAUUAUGUGGAUGGAUUUAAUAAAAAGUGUAUGAAAAAAAAAAAUUUCUAUAUCAUCAAAAAGAUGUUCAAGUUGUAUAUUAAUAUUAUAAAAAAGGAAUAUAACAAUAAAAAUAAAAAUGAUAAUCACAAUAAUAAUAAUCACAAUAAUAAUAAUCACAAUAAUAAUAAUAAUAAUAAUAAUAAAAAUGACAAGGAUGAAUUUUAUUUAUGUACCAACGAAAUUAUAGAACUAGGAAAAGUACUCAUUUUUGUUUUUAAUUUUACCAUCUUUUAUAUUAUUAACAACAUAAAGGAUAAUAAUACACAUGGAAAAAUGGAUGGUGGACAUGUAGUAAAAAAUUUGAAAAAAAAAAGAUACACGAAAAUAUUUUGUGAUAUUCAUAAUCUUUAUAAUUUAUUAAAAGAUAAACAAUAUUUAACUUCCUCAAAUGAAUUAAAAAAAAAACUUUUUAAAUUUUAUAAACAUUACCAUGUUGUAAAUCAAAGAGUUAGCAGUAAAAUGAAUGAUAAAAAUUACUUUGCUUGCUUUGUGCAAUAUAAUUAUUUAGAAAAAAAUAAAAUAAAAUAUCUCAAAAUUUCAAAGAAAAUAUUUAUACAUUUUAAAAGCUUAACACCAGCUAUCAUAUGGAGAAGUAACAUAGAAGAAGAUGAAUCGAAUGAUGAAAAUCAAAUUAUUCAAAAAAAUAAUCAUUUCAUUUUACCGAUGCAAGAUAACGAAGAAGAAAAUAUUCUAGUAUCUGGUAAAUCAUUGUUAGAUAUACUAGUAGAUGAACCAAAUAAUAAUUUAGCACAAAAUAAUUAUGAUAAAGAAAAUGACAAUGUGAAUGAAGAAAAGAAAAAAAGAAAAAAAAGUGAUAUAAAAAAAAAAAAAAAUCAUACAAAUUUAUUUUAUGACGUUACAUCAUUAUUAAAAUGUUUAAAAAUUAAUUUUAAAAACCAAAGUGCACAAUCCGUUAUAAAAUCAUUAUACUAUUUAUUAUAUUCAUUAGUCGUCUUGUCAAAAAAGGUAAAGAUGAUAUCGAAACAAAGAGAUAUUGUGGAAGGCUUUGAAACGAAUGUUAGUGAUAAUGAGGAAAGUGAUCAAAAAGAUAAUGUGGAUGAUGAUGAAAGGAUACACAACCAUCGUAAUAGUUUAGAUGAUGAUGAAAGGAUACACAACUAUCGUAAUAGUUUAGAUGAUGAUGAAAGGAUACACAACCAUAGUAAUAGUUUAGAUGAUGAUGAAAGGAUACACAACCAUCGUAAUAGUUUAGAUGAUGAUGAAAGGAUACACAACCAUCGUAAUAGUUUAGAUGAUGAUGAAAGGAUACACAAUCAUCGUAAUAGUUUAGAUGAUGAUGAAAGGAUACACAACCAUCGUAAUAGUUUAGAUGAUGAUGAAAGGAUACACAACCAUCGUAAUAGUUUAGAUGAUGAUGAAAGGAUGCAGAAGCAUCAUAAUAAUUUAGAUGAUGGUAAAAGGAUACACAACCAUCGUAAUAGUUUAGAUGAUGAUGAAAGGAUACAGAACCAUCAUAAUAAUUUAGAUGAUAAUUAUUCCAAAAGAAAUAGCGAACAAAGCGAUGCUGAAGAAAGUUCCGAGGGUUCUCUUAAUAGUGAUGAUUAUUUUGAAGAAGAAAAAAAAAAGAAAAGAAAAUCGAUAAGUUCUAUAUAUAUUGAAGAUAUGAAAAAUUUAGAAAAACAUAUUGUACAUAUAUUAUUUACAUUUAAAGUAUUAAAAGAUAUAGAAAUGAAAGAUAUAGAUAAAUUAAAUAUAACAAUAGAAAAAUAUUUAUUUAAAAUUAUAACAAUAAUAAUUAAAGAAAAAAAAAAUUUAGAAAUAUUACGUAUGUCUUUGAAAUGUUUAGAAUGUUAUCAUAAUAUAGAAAGUAAAAUAAUACAAGAUAAAAAAAAAAACUUUGUAAUUAAUUAUAUGUUUGAGUUCAUACAAAUUAUUUAUCACAUUCCAAAACUCAAAGAAUAUUAUUCAAAAUAUUUAAAUAUAUUUUUUAAAAGUUCAUUUGUAAGAUAUAUUAAUAUUAACCAAGUUUUUAAUGGUUCUUAUAAUUUAUAUUUUGAAUCGAUCUUAAAUAAAUUUAUAUCUGUUGUUGAUCUUAAUGAUUAUAUUAAUAAUAAUAAAAAAAAAAUAAAUAAUAUAAAUUUACAAGAAAAAGAAUAUAUAACGAAUAAAUUUAUUGAUAUUAUAAAAGAAACCAAUAAAAAAAUUUAUGUAAUGAAAGAUGAAAAUUAUUAUAAUUAUUUAAAUAUUAUAAAAAAUAAAGAUGCAAAUAAUAUUAACAUGUUGAAUGGAUACUCUCUUAAUGAAUUAUCUCACGUUAUACAAAAUAUAUAUAUACAUUUUAAUCAGAUAUUAACAGAUAAUAAUGCUUAUGCAUUUAAUAAAAAAGUAAAUUUAAAUUUAUUACUUCUUUUAAAAAAAAUAGCAAAUAUGUUUUAUAUUAAGCAAAAUAAUAUUCAAAUGUUUAAAAAUCAAUUCAUAAAAUAUCUAUCAGAAUUCUUGAACUUUCAGAAACGUCUAGAUGAAGACUUGUCUACACAAAAAAUAUCUAUAAAUAUAAAUGAAUUUUCAAAAAAGCUAUCUCACCUACUACAAACCAUAAAAUCAAUGAAAAUCUCGGAUGAUCAAAAAUUUAAGGCAAAUCAUAUCAGACAAAUUAGUAACACGAGUACGACCGUUUCGGUUUCUGAUCAUAUUAGAUUGGCAAAAAAAAAAAGAAAAAAUAUGAAACGUGGCUUUAAUAUAAAAAAGAAGAGAAACGUUGCAAAAUGA